UUUCCUCUCUAUUUUUUCUUCCCCAUUGACCGUAGUUCUCUUCCAUAUCAACGUGUUUAUCCUCUCCUGUUUCUCCGCUUACUUCUUCUUCAUACAAGUUGUAGAGAAACAAGACUUCCCUCUUCCUCUCCUCCUGGAUCUCAAGUUAUCUCUGUUUAGUGUCUCAUCUUAUCCUCCAUUUUAAUCCUUCUGAUCAAUCAAUGAUAUUCUCCAAGCUCAGCCGCUCCUCACGCGGCUCCAGUUUCUCUAAGUGGCAGAAUAUAUCGCGCGGUGGUUGCCAGAGAUCAGCCAUCACCGGCGUGCCGCAGGGAGGUUCGUUUGUCAAUCGAAUCGACGACAGAGUGGGCUUUCUGAGGAGUUACUUGACUUCUAUUGGGGCUGCCAAGAGCUCCGGUGCCAAAAAUUCCGUCUCCAACCUUAACGGCAUCCUUGCAAACCCUAGACUUCGGCGGUUUUUCUCGAGUGAAGCUCCCAAGAAUAAGAAUUAUGAGAACUUCUAUCCCAAAGGAAAGAAGGAAGCUCCGAAGGGGAAUGGGCAGAAAUCUGAGUCCAAAGAGAAUUCAAAUGAAGAUGAUGAAUGGAUCUUUCAGAAGAUGUUUGCGAAACAAUUCAACUUACUUAGUCCUUUAUUAGUGAUUGGGGUACUUCUUUCUUCUUUUCCUUUUGGCUCGAAUGAGCACCAACAUAUCAGUUUCCAAGAGUUCAAAAACAAGCUUCUCGAGCCUGGUUUGGUGGAUCAUAUAGUUGUUUCCAACAAAUUAGUUGCAAAAGUUUAUGUGAAGAGUGCAAACUCAAACUAGACAGUUGGUGAUGAUGUCCAAGGUCCUACGACUGCCACUCCUAUUAGAGGACGUGGAGGACAAUAUAAAUACUACUUCAAUAUUGGAAGUGUGGAUGCAUUUGAGGAGAAGCUGGAGGAAGAGCAAGAGGCCUUGGGGAUAGACCCUCACGAGUAUAUACCUGUUACAUAUGCCUCGGAGGUUGCUUGGUUCCAAGAAGUGUUGAGGUUUGCUCCAACAUUAUUGUUAUUGGGAACCAUCUUGUACAUGGGAAGGAGAAUGCAAGGUGGGAUAGGCCUUGGUGGUGGUGGUGGUGGAAAAGGUGCUCGUGGCAAAUUCAACAUAGGGAAAGCUCACAUCACCAAAGUGGAUAAAAAUUCUAAGAAUAAGGUCUAUUUCAAAGAUGUGUUGGUUGUGAUGAGGCUAAGCAAGAAAAUAUGGAAUUUGUGCAUUUCCUUCAGAAUCCUUAAAAGUAUGAAGAGUUAGGACUUAGGAGCAAAGAUUCCAAAAGGUGCUCUUCUAGUUGGACCUCCUGGGACUGGGAAGACCCUUAUAGCCAAGGCAACUGCUGGGGAAUAUGGCGUGCCAUUUUUAUCCAUUUCAGGCUCUGAUUUCAUGGAGAUGUUUGUUGAUGUUGGUCCCUCUAGAGUGAGGAAUUUGUUUCAAGAAGCGAGACAGUGCGCUCCAAGUAUUGUAUUCAUCGAUGAAAUUAAUGCGAUUGGCAGAGCAAGAGGACGUGGCGACUUCAGUGGUGGCAAUGAUGAAAGGGAAAGUACCCUUAAUCAAUUGUUGGUAGAAAUGGAUGGCUUCGGUACUACAGCUGGAGUGGUAGUGCUUGCUGGUACUAACAGACCAGACAUACUAGACAAAGCUCUUAUGAGGCCCGAAAGAUUUGACCAACAAAUCUCUAUUGACAAGCCAGAUAUAAGAGGCCGUGAAUAAAUAUUCUAGAUCUAUUUGAAGAAACUGAAGCUUGAUCAGGAACCAUCAUAUUACUCUGAAAGGCUUGCUGCCCUCACUCCGGGAUUUGCUGGAGUAGAUAUUGCAAAUGUUUGUAAUGAAGCUGCGCUGAUUGCUGCAAGGAAGGAACAAAAUGUAAUCAAUAUGGAACACUUUGAGUCCGCAAUAGACAGAGUAAUUGGUGGUUUGGAGAAGAAUAAUCGGGUAAUAAGUAAGCUGGAAUGUCGAACUGUUUCUUAUCAUGAGUCGGGUCAUGCUGUAACCGGCUGAUUCUUGGAGCAUGCAGAGCCACUCUUGAAAGUGACGAUUGUUCCUCGUGGUACAGCUGUACUUGGGUUUGCUCAAUAUGUUCUUAAUGAGAACCUUCUAAUGACCAAUGAGCAACUUUUUGAUAUCACUUGUAUGACCCUUGGUGGUCGAGCAGCUGAACAGGUACUGUUGGGGAAAAUCUCAACAGGAGCGCAAAAUGACUUGGAGGAAGUGAUAAAGAUGACUUAUGCCCAAGUAGCUGUCUAUGGUUUCAGCGACAAGGUGGGACUUCUGUCUUUCCCACAAAGAGAGGAAUCAUAUGAGAUGAGCAAGACGGGAGCCAUAAUCGAUGUGGAAGUACGAGAAUGGGUGGGCAAGGCUUAUGAGCAUACUUUGCAAAUUGUGGAAGAGCGCAAGGAGAAAAUUGCUGAGAUCGCGGAGAUGUUGCUGGCCAAAGAAGUUCUCCACCAGGAGGACUUGCUUCGGGUCCUAGGGGAGAGGCCUUUCAAGGCGAGCGAGGCCACCAACUACGAUAAAUUCAAGGAAGGGUUUAAACACGAAGAGAAGAAGGCCGAGACCACCACAUCGAGUGUGGAGGAGGAAGAUGAUACUCUACCCAUAUAGGUCGUACUUGCUUGAAGCUUUUAACGACACUAUCAGUAUGUUUAUGUACAUCUCAACUUAUUGGUUUUAAUGCAUUGAGCCAUCUCUUUGUGAAACCCCUCCUCCCCC